AUGUUUCUUGAUAAUGCACAUUCUAUGGCUAUGAUAGUACAUAGUAUGCGAGUUAUUAAGGUUGCUGUGGAACAUGUUAACCCUUCGCAAGCUCCAGUAAUCGCUCUCGAUCAGCCCUUGUUUGCCUUAGCCAAGCAGAUACAGUGGAAAAUUCCUGAAUUCGGCGAAGAUAAAUUUGUGGUCAUGAUGGGAGGACUCCAUAUCAAGAUGGCUUCUUUCAAGAUGCUUGGAAAAUUGCUGAGUGGUAGUGGAUGGCCUGAGGUCAUGUGUAAUGCAGGGGUCGCAACACAGGGGAUUGCAGAAUCAUUCUUGUCUGCGAGUCAUGUAACACGCACACGACGAGCACACCAGGUGACAGUGACAAGUCUGUUCAUCCUACUGAAUAAGGCAUACAACCAAUACAAGGCGUCCCUACUAGAGGAAAACGAGCACUUGCAAUACCCCGGCAUUUGCUGAUUGGAAAGAAGAAAGAGCUACCAAGUCACCGCAUUUCCAUUAUAGGGUGUCCGUCCUUGACUUCGAGUUGAUGUGCCUACGCCUCAUGAGAGCUUUCAGAGAGGCAGACUUCCCACUUUAUGUCGAUACCAUCAGGAAGAUUCUGCCCUGGAUGUUUGUCAUGGAUCAUCCCAACUAUUCCAGGUGGCUCUCAGUUCACUAUCGGGAUAUGUGUCUCCUUCUGUGUCGUGCUUUGAAGAAAUGGGUAAUCCCUUUCAAGAUGAAAGUGAAAACUUAAUGGCGAUUUACACAAGGGACAUCAUGGGCGAUGAAGUUGUUAAAACUAUCAGGAACGCAAGCAAGAUUGGAGAAGAGCAGUUCAAGUCGUUUGUUGAAGGACGAUUUAUUGAUGGCAGCAAGCCGGUCACUGACACUCUGAAGAAAAACAACCUUCCGACAUUAAACACUCUGACCAAGAAGGCAGUAUCAAAGGACAAAGCCAAAGUCCAAGUCUUGAGGGAGGAUUGUUCUUUGUUCUCGCGGCUUUACAUAGCGUGCCAAAACCGUGAUGGAAAUUUGGAGGACUUUUUUCACAUAUGAGAAUCAGCCAUGGCCGCCAUCCCUCUCAGAACUUGGUCAACUUCGAGGAGUGAAAGCAGACCUGAUAAAGUGCUUGCCGAACACUACACCACAGAGUCCCACACAGCCAGAAGCAGACAUUGUCAUUCUGGAUGGUGCGGUGAUUGUACAAAUGUUGCAGCCACGGACGGCUCGCACAUUUAUUGAAUAUGCAACGACAGUAUUCGCGCCUUAUGUCUUGAAGCACCUUGAGAUGGCUAGACGAGUCGAUCUUGUGUGGGAUGUCUACCAGGAUGAUUCACUGAAGAAAUCUCUUCGAGAAAAGAGAGGUACUGGGCAACGGCGAAAGGUGCUAGAAUCUACUAGAAUCCCGCACGACUGGAAAAGCUUCUUAAGAGUAAAUGAAAACAAGGAAGAACUGUUCAAGCUUCUUGCGACAAAGGUACAUUAAAAUGAUUUGUUAAAGGUACGUUAAAGUGAUACAUUGAGAUGAUUUGUAAUAUUAUACCUUACAUAUUCAUGUUUUGACUGCAUUUUAGGUUGUUUCACUAGCAGUUCCCGAGGGUAAAGAGAUCUACUCCACUCAUGGUGAAAACGUGCUGUGUUCUUCGAACAGAACAGAUCUAGGUGUUCUCGUGCCAUGCAACCACGAAGAGGCUGAUACCCGCCUUAUGGUUCAUGCUAAUGAUGCAUCUUCGUGUGGAUAUCGAAGGAUAAAGAUAUGAAGAAAGACACUGACAUGGUAGUUCUUGCUGUUUCAAUUGUCAACACCCUUGCCAUCGAUGAGAUGUGGAUAACACACGGAUCCGGAAAGAAUGUCCACAACAUCCCAGUACAUGCUGUCGCAGCAUCCUUAGGUCCAGCUAAAUCCACGGCAAUGCCAUUAUUCCAUGCGCUCACUGGCUGUGAUACAGUGUCGUACUUUCGAGGACGUGGUAAGAAGACUGCGUGGGAUGUGUGGGGCAUUUUUCCUGAGCUGACACCAGUCCUGAGUGCUCUAAAGACAUCACCUGAAGACAUCACUGAAGAAUCCAUGGCUGUGCUAGAAAGGUUUGUUGUGCUUCUAUAUGACCGUACAAGCAGUCUAGCGAAAGUAAAUGAAGCAAGGCAACAGCUUUUCUCAAAGAGAUCACGAGAGCUUGACAGUAUCCCCCCGACACGAGCAGCACUUGAUCAGCAUGUCCGGCGAGCAGUUCUACAAGGAGGACAUGUAUGGGGUCAAUUCCUUCUACGCCAGCAAGUGCUUCCAAGCCCAUCCGCCUGGGGAUGGCAGCUCCAAGGUCGACACUGGUCUCCAUAUUGGACAAUCCCUCUCACAAGCCAAGAACACUUGUUACGAACUCAUCAGUUGUGGAUGUAAAGUUUCAUGUAUCGGCAGGUGUAAGUGUUUGAAGGCAAAUUUGACAUGCACCGGUCUGUGUUACUGUGGUGGCAAUUGCAUUAGGUAGCAAAGAACAUACGUUACGAACACAUUCGUCACAUGACCUUGCCUAUAAUCAUA